CCUGCCUGCCCGCUCGCCUGCCUGCCUGCCCGCCCGCUCGUCAGGCUGAACAUCUGAGAGAGUUGGUAAAGAAAAUGUUCCCAAAGUGUGAGGUUGCCCAGAAAAUGUCUAUGAAAAAGACAAAAGCAUCGACAAGAAGUUCCCUGCUUUGAAUGGAAACCAUCAAAAGAUCUCAUAAGUGACAUGAAAAAUGGCAAAAUUCGUCAGCGAUAUGGGACCAAGUGUAGCAGCAGCCAACAGGCAACGCUGUAUCCUGCUGAUGACACGGAGGUUGCCAGUGGUAGCGAGGAAGGAACACAAGUUUAUGUACAAUAAUAUUCUGCUGUAUGAAAGUGGCAACACUGGUGACAGGUGGCGCUGGGGAGUUACCACGGCGAGCGGCUGGCUGGCUGCAGUGUUUUGGUCAGCACUGGUCAAUCUUGCCCUACACGCUCUAUUAACCAGUGUUUCCGUCUUCCCGACACCUUCCUGCACCAAGCACCGUCAAGCAUCACCAGAGAGGCACGAGUACGUAAGGUGUGUGGGUGGGUGUUGGAUCAGUGACAAGUGGCGCUGGGGAGUUACCACGGCGAGCGGCUGGCUGGCUGCAGUGUUUUGGUCAGCACUGGUCAAUCUUGCCCUACACGUUCUAUUAACCAGUGUUUCCGUCUUCCCGACACCUUCUUCCUGCACCAAGCACCGUCAAGCAUCACCAGAGAGGCACGAGUACGUAAGGUGAGUCCAGCGGGGCCAGUCUCUCCUCAGUCAGCCUUACUGCCUUCACAACACCCUAAUCCUCCCUGUAGUGUCUUGUAUUCGUUUAUUUAGGAUUCAUUAUUCGUUAUUUAGUUUUUUUAGGGGUUAAUUAUUUAUAUUUAGGUUUUGUUUACGUCUGAGUCUGGAAAGAGUUGGAAAUUUAUUCGAAUAUUUAAUGUUCGCCAAUAUGUAAACAAGCCGUCAGCUGUGUUAUUAGCCAUUAUUUGCCUCGUCUCUCACUCAUUGUAAGCCUAACAUAUCACAAGAUGGAUCCACAUGUCUAGCCUUCAUAUCCGCUGGUCAGAUAUAUCCGUCAUUGCCUGGUUUUGGUGUUAUAUAGGAAUAAAUAAGGCAACAUGGCCGCCGGCUCCCCCACUGAGGUCGCCCCCGAUGGCCGCCAUGAUGGACUGGCACCUGUUCCGGCUUGUUGGUUCCAAUAUUUUUUUACAUUUUUCUGAAUUAAUUUAUUUGGCUUGUAUAGUAAGAUUUUAUGGUUUCUAAAAAUAUUUCGUUGCUUUUGAAGUGUUUUUCUUGCUUCAGUUAAGUAAAUGUGCUGAAUUUGGUGUUGUUUUUUAUGUAAAUAAGGGGCAGUUUGUACGGUGAAAUUUACCCAGCCUGGUUUUUGGCUUUUUUAUUUGAGGCUUUAAUGAAGAUUUUAUUGCUUCAAAAAAUCGUUUAUGAUUUUUAAAGUAUGUUGCGUUCCUAUUGAGUUAAGUAUGUGGAAUUUGAAUAGGCUUUUUGUCCCGUUGAAAGUGGUGUUUUUGUCAUUUUUUAGCUUCUUUAUUUUUUUAUUGUAGCUUGUAACUAAGUGUGCAUUAUUUUAAAAAAUAGUUCAGAUUUUUUAAAAUGUUUUUUUACCAGUGUAAAGUGGAAUAGGUGGACUUUUCAAUGUUUUUAAUGGUGUCAAAAUUUCCAACACUUUUUCCAUAUUUCACAUAAUAUUUCUUUAUAACUACUGAGACUGGAGGUGUUUUGAUAUUGUGAAUAUUAAUUCAAGUAAUUGUCAAGUCAGAAUAUAUAAUGCAUUCGAGCCUAGCUUCAUUUUUUCUAUGGGUCAAUUUCAAAAUGAAGUACGUUACGUACGUAUGGCAGCGGGGCGCCGGCACCUCGCCUGUGACGUCAUCAAGGAUUCGGGACUCGGUCUGCUCCAGUGUCUCCUCAAUAUUUACCGUAAUUUCCAGUGUUUUCCAAGUGUUUCCAGCUGUUUCUAAAGUCAGGCGUGUAGAUAGUUGUAGUAGAAGGAAGAAAAUAAGAGAAAUGAAAGAGGAGAAGGAAAAAAUAAGAAGAAAUGGAGGAGGAGGCAAAACAGCUAUCCAACAUCAGAACAGUAUAUGAAUAUGGCAAAUGCUGUUUUGACAUCAUUUCUUGCCAUCCUGAGAAAAAAUGAUCUCGAGGAGCAUGAAUUGCAGCUGCAAUGGAAAUUGCGCAUCCAGCGCAAGUUUCAGAAUUCAAGAAAGAGGCAGGAUUCCUCAGUGACUGAGGUGACGUCAAGGAAAAAGAAGAUCCCUUGCAUAGUGCCAAAAGAGACUACGUGUCCACUGAUGUGUGGAGUAAAGGCUUACCUUCCACCAAGGCCCCAUUCAGAAGAUGAUGAGUCAUUAGAGAGACAUAGACAGUGGCUUGCUCUACAUUGGAUGAAGAAAGAUCCCGAGUUAGGUAAGAUAAUCAAGGAGUUCCUGAGAUUAGAACCACAAGUGGAUGAACCAGACCCAAGAGUAGCAGUUUUGAAAGGGCUGGAGAAAUAUAGCCUCCCAAUAAUUGCCAUUCUCAAAAAUAGAAAAGCAGUUCCUCUGUAUAUGGAAACCUUACUUGAACUCUAUGACCACGAUGAAAAUGCUUGCUUAGUUAUAUUGGGGUUACUUCACCUGCUUGGAGAAAGGAAAGACUCCAUUUUUACUAAGGUACCAGAAGAAGAACUAAGAACAGGGCAGUCUAGUGUGUAUUUGAUGGUGCACCUGUAACUGAACCAACAUGUAUUUCUAUGGCUGUAGUCUCAUUGGUAGCAGGGCUUUGUGUUUAAUAUUGAACACCCAAAAAUUUGUGAACAUUUCCUCCGUUUCACAACAUCCCAUCUCUUAGGUAUCAAGUAUGACAAAGGUAACACUUCAAAAACAAGAUCUCUACUUGUAAAACUCAAUAAAGUAAAGACAGAAUUGAGCUACAAAAAUGCAUAAAUCUGCUUCCAAAUAUAUUCAACUCCACACAUAAUGCCUCU